AUGAAUUAUGAUCAUCAAAAAAUAAACAAUUACCAAUAUUAUUAUCAGAAAAAUAACAACAACAGUAAUAUCAACAAUAAUAAAACGAAUUUCACACCAGAAAAGAAACAAGUUAUUUUAGAACAUUUACUAAUCACUAAAAAAUCAACCCAGCAAACGAAAAACUAUUCUCAUGUUCCAUGUAAAUUUUUUAAACAAGGCAAAUGUACUGCAGGUAGUUCGUGUCCAUUUUCUCAUUCAUUAGACUUUAAUGAAGCUAAUAAAAAACCAUGUAAAUACUUUAAGUUCGGAAACUGUAAGUUCGGUAAUAAGUGUGCUAAUUCACAUAUUUUAUCAAAUAAAUAUAUUUCAUCAUCAGCAUCAACAUCCACUUUUGCUGCUAAUAAAACAUCUUUCUCUUCAAGAAAAUUCGAAAAUAACAGCUCUGCUAAUACUACCACUACUACUUUUACUACUACGAAUAAUAACAUAAACCAGUUUCUUUCUUCCUUGCCUAAAAAUAAUGAAACACUAACGACAAAUUAUACCUAUGAAUAUCCUGCAUAUAAUCAAUUGAUAUCCAGAUCAUCCAUUCCUUUUACACCACCUCCCUCUUCCUCCUCCUGUUCCUCUUCUUUGUCUUGUUCUUCGCUUGAUUCACCUAACAACAUCAUACUAAAAUAUUUUGAUAGUUUCCAUUCUACAACAAAUAAUUAUAAUUAUAACUACAGUGAAAAUAAUACUAACAUUUACACUAACACUAACACAGCUACCAAUAAUAUCAACAAAAAUUUUACACCAAUCAUGUUUACCAAGAUUGAAGAAGAAGAAGAAAACAGGGCUGGUUUAGAAGACAUAGAUUCAAAUGAUUGUUAUUUACACUAUUCUUCAAUUUUAAAUGAUUUGGAAAAAGAAGAAGAAGAACUGGAAGAAGAAAAUGAAUUCAUCUACCAACAACCACCCUUCCAGUCUCCAACAUAUAUCCAAUAUCAACAUUUUAAAUUUGAUGAUUUGUAG